GGUAAACCAUUUAAUUUUCUUUCAAAUCUGUGUGAACUUGAGGGAAUUCAUACUUGAAAAAAGCCCUAUAAAUUUAGAGAAUGUGGCAAAGCUUUUUGCAACACCUCAUCUCUUACUUAUCAUCAGAGAGAGCAUACCGGAGCGAAGCCUUAUAAAUGUGGAGAAUGUGGCAAAGGAUUCAGUAAUACCUCAAGUUUUAAUCGCCAUCAGAGAGUUCAUACUGGAGAAAAGCCCCAUAAAUGUAGAGAAUGUGGCAAAGCCUUCCGUACCGCAACAAACCUUACUUGUCAUCAGAGAGUUCAUACUGGAGAGAAGCCCUACAAAUGUAGAGAAUGUGGCAAAGCCUUCAGCAGGUCCUCAUCUCUUACUUAUCAUCAGAGAGUUCAUACUGGAGAGAAGCCUUUUAAAUGUGCAGAUUGUGGCAAAACUUUCCGUGUAGCAUCAGACCUUACUUAUCAUCAGAAAGUUCAUACUGUAGACAAUCCUUAUAAAUGUGAAGAAUGUGGCAAAGCCUUCCGUGGGCAAACAGACCUUACUUAUCAUCAGAGAGUUCACACUGGAGAGAAGCCUUAUAAAUGUGAAGAAUGUGGCAAAGCCUUCCGUGGGCAAACAGACCUUACUUAUCAUCAGAGAGUUCACACUGGAGAGAAGCCUUAUAAAUGUGAAGAAUGUGGCAAAGCCUUCCGUGGGCAAACAGACCUUACUUAUCAUCAGAGAGUUCACACUGGAGAGAAGCCCUACAAAUGUAGAGAAUGUGGCAAAGCCUUUAGCAAGUCCUCAACCCUUACAUAUCAUCAGAGAGUUCAUACUGGAGAGAAACCUUACAAAUGUGGCAAAUGUGGCAAAGCCUUUAGCAGGUCCUCAUCUCUUACUUCUCAUCAAAGACUUCAUACUGGAGAGAAGCCUUUUAAAUGUGCAGAUUGUGGCAAAACUUUCCGUGUAGCAUCAUCCCUUACUUAUCAUCAGAGAGUUCAUACUGGAGAGAAACCUUAUAAAUGUGGCAAAUGUGGCAAAGCCUUCAGGAGGUCCUCAAGGUAUAGAGUUCAUCAGAGUAUUCAUAGUGGAGGGAAGCCUUAUAAAUGUAAAGAAUGUGGCAAAGCUUUCAGGGGGGCAACAAACCUUACUUAUCAUCAGAGAGUUCAUGCUGGAGAGACCUAUAAAUGUAGAGAAUGUGGCAAAGCCUUUAACCAGUGUUCCUGCCGUUCUGUACAGCAGUGUCCAUAGUUGAGAGAAGUGUCACAGAUGUUAGUGUUGUUAGUCCUUUACCAACUGCAAGAACUUAAUAUCACAGAAUUUUUUAAAAAAAUAUAUUUUAUUGAUUUUUCACAGAGAGGAAGGGAGAGAGAUAGAGAGUUAGAAACAUCGGUGAGAGAAAUAUCGAUCAGCUGCCUCCUGCACAUCUCCCUACUGGGAAUGUGCCCGCAACCAAGGUACAUGCCCCUGACCGGAAUCGAACCUGGGACCCUUCAGUCCGCAGACCGACGCUCUAUCCACUAAGCCAAACUGGUUUUGGCAAUAUCACAGAAUUUAUACUGGGAACAAGCCUUAUGAUUGUGAAAAAUGUGGAAAAGCCUUCAAAAGCUAUUCAUAUCUUACUGUACCUGAGAGACUUCAUACUGAAGAGAGACCUUUCAAAAAUAGAGAAUGUGCUAGCACUUUUAUCCACUGCUCAAAACUUACUCAACAUAGAGAAUUUAUAGUGGAGAGAAGCCUUAUAAAUGUAGAGAAUGUGGCAAAGCCUUCUGUGGCAUUCUUACCAUGUAGAAAAUGUGAGAUAGCCUUUACUCUGGGAACUGCUGAUUGUUGGUUGGGAAAGACCCUGAUUUUUUUCCCUGCUAAUACAUUAUUACAUUUCUUUAUUUCUGCACUUAUGAGUUCUAUUGUAGGAUAUGGUUGUUGAAAAUUAUUGUUAACUGCUAUUUAUAUACUUUGUGUAGGAUAAUUUUUAAAAACUAAUGCAUCGUCUAUAUUAUGAAAGAAAACCAAUACUAAAUUAUAUUACUUAAAGAAUAGAUUUCCAUAGGAUAUUAAAAUGUUGAUUUCAAAUUAGGGUAAGAAGCAAUAUAUUUCAUGGUUCAUUUAGGAUGGUAUUACAAUUUUUUUUAAUUGAUUUUUUACAAGAGGAAAGGAGAAGGAGAGGGAUAGAGAGUUAGAAACAUCGAUGAGAGAGAAACAUCAAUUCAGCUGCCUCCUACACAUUCCCCACUGGGACCCCUCAGUCCACAGGCCGCCACUCUAUCCACUGAGCCAAACCGGCCAGGGUGGCAUUACAAUUUCUUAAUAUAUUUUUUCUAACCAUUUCUUCCACACACUUUGACCCCGAUUAUAUGUUUCACUUUCAUUUUUCCCAUUAAACACACCAGGGCAUACAUAAAUCACUGGAUUGUGUCGAGACUUUAUGACUUGAAAAUGUAUAUAAGAUGAUGACACGGUGUGGGAACCAUGCCAGAGUUCUCAGAUAGUCAAGGCUAAUUAGAGCGUGGAGGCCUUGUUGAUAGUAUGCCAAACGGCUAAGGUCACUCUAAACAUGGGAAUCUUAAUCAAAUGUUCAAGGCUGAGCUACCAUAAGCAGGUGUGGGGACAAGAAUUAUGGUACAGUGUGCAUGCAUGCCUUGCUGAAGCCAAAUCAUUGAUGUCACUGUUGUCAAGUAGCCUCUUUUGUGUAAAUACUAUUAAAAGUACAUUACUAAGGCUAGAGAGCUCAGUUGGAGCUGAGAGCUGGUACUGCUACGAUGUAAGGCCAAGAGCUCAGAUAUAACUGCCAUGUUAGCCAGCCAGUGUGCUGAGAAAGAAGCUCGGAGGUAGUUACUAUGUACGGCUACAGAGACCAGGCUUAUCGGGCAGGGGAGACAGGAGAGGCUGGCGAAGCUGCUGGGGCAGAGCGUUCAGAUCCGCUGCUAUGUGAGGCUCUAGGUACAGAGGCUGUUGAGGGUGCUGCCGCUUUAUGGAACAGAUGUGUGUGUUCACCAGCCAGUGUGCCGCUGCCGUGUAUGGAAUUUUGCUGCGAAGAGCUAUUUUGUCUGUUGGCUUUAUGUCCCCUGGCUUUUGCAAUAAAGACUGAUUCGUAUACACCCACAACUUCUCAUUGCUUCUCUGUCUAAGACCUGGCAUCCAAGAAGGUCCAGUCCGUAGUCAGAGGGGCUCGGGUCCAACAGUUAGUGUAGUGGGCAGGGUUCGAGAAGGAACCUGCCCAGAUAGUUGACCUAGUCCAGGAGAAUUCAAAAGAAUAUAUGGACUCAGAGCAACUCAGAUCAGCAGAGCUGUGCAGUACUCUGGCUGCAUCUGACCCAGGGACAAAGUAAGUGUUUUAUGAAGAUGAAGAAAAAGUGUUCCUUCAGGUCUGUGGCUCAACAGAAGUGUUGGAGUGACACAUGUUUGUGAACUGUAGUCUUUCCAUGUGUGAGUUUGCCAUGGUUGGUGCUUGAAAAUCAAGUAUGGGGAGGUCAACAAGCACACAGCAAAGUAAAUGGAAAUAGAGGAAUGAAGGAAAUAGUCCCCAAGAUUGCAGAUGUGGUUUGUAACAAGGAGACCAUCUCCAUUGCCAAAUGCCUGGGGCUUUCCCACCAUUUCUUUGUGACUGGUGUUCAUAUUCAGAACCAGCUUACCUACCAGGGAAAGUGAGGUUCCCGGUACUGUUACAAAUAUUAGGAGUAAUGAUGUGGGUAAUUCAAACGCAAUGAACAAGGAAAGGCUGUCCCCAAUAGGAGCGAGAUGCAAGCAACCAGGGCUGCCUCUUCGCUCCUGCCCCUCCCCCCCUCUGUCCCUGCACAGGCCUGGCCGCCGGGCUCGGCCCCGCCCCCAUCGCGGAGUCCCUCUCCCCUCCUCUCUGUAAAAAAUCAAUAAAAUAUAUAUUUUUUAAAAAAUGUGAGGAGUGUCGUGAAUUCUUUACCAGCUGUGAGAACUUACUAACAUCACAGAAUGGAUACUGGCAAGAGCCUUAUGAAUGUGAAAAAUGUAGACAAGCCUUUAAAAGGCAUUCAUGUCUUACUGUACCUCAUACUAAAGACAGUCCUUAAAAAUGUAGACUUUGGGCUGGAGCCUUUACCCGCAGCUCAAAAUUUACUGAACAUCAGAGAUUUUAUAGUGGAGGGAAGCUUUACACUGUAGAAAAUGUGAGAAAGCCUUUAAACUGAGGUGUAACCUGCUCAACAUUUUAGGAAACAUUCUAAAGAAAAACAGCAAAAAUAUAAAAUUUUCAUCUAAGGAUUUCAGUUUCAAUGGUUGAAGCUACACUGAGAAUGUUAAAAUAAGGUCUUACAGCCCUGACCGGUUUGGCUCAGUGGAUAGAGCUUCGGCCUGCGGACUGAAAGGUCCCAGGUUCGAUUCCGGCCAAGGGCAUGUACCUUGCUUGCGGGCACAUCCCCAGUGGGUGGUGUGCAAGAGGCAGCUGAUCGAUGUU